AUAUUAAAUUUUGGUUUCCCAACGUUAGUUGGCUGCACGAUAAAUAUCCACAACUUAAUAUUAUAAUCGAACAAGAAACUGUGAAAGAGUUUCAAAAUAAACUACCAUUUGUAUACAUGAUACCCGAAGGGCGAAAAGAUGAAUAUACAAGAGUCGUAGAUUUUGUUGUCACUCUGGGAGGUGACGGCACUAUAUUACAUGUGUCUUCACAAUUCGAUCAUUCCGUCCCACCUAUUAUCUCAUUCUCGAUGGGGACGCUUGGCUUCUUAUUACCAUUUCAUAUUCGACAGUAUGAGUCGGCACUGGAGUCUUUGAUCAAAGGUGACGUCUCUUUAUUACUGCGAAUGAGAUUGACAUGCUCAAUGUGGAACGCAGAAAGAAAAAGAAUUGUGCGGAAUGAUAAAGAAAUUGGAAAUUUACAAGCCAUGAAUGAAGUAAACUUACACAGAGGACGAUUUCCGCAUUUGACAGCAAUUAAUUGCUUUGUUGAUGAACAAUUCCUAACCAAUGCAGUGGCGGAUGGCUUGAUCACUGCUACACCUACCGGCUCAACUGCAUAUUCAUUAUCAGCUGGCACGUACUCAGUGGCGUCUAGUGGUCCAAUAAUACAUCCAUCUGUACAAAGUAUUUUAUUAACACCGAUUUGCCCACGAUCAUUGUCAUUCCGGCCAAUUUCAUUACCACCAACCGCGAAAAUCAAGAUGAAGAUUAGUGAGGAAAGUCGUGCACCAUUAGAGGUAACAGUUGACGGUAGAGUAAUAUGUAUGUUAGAUAAAGGAGAUUGUUUAGAGGCAAAAAUGUCACCCUAUCCAAUUCCAUGUGUUAACCGCGCCGGUGAGGGCGUGGAUUGGGUUAGAGAUAUUAAUGAGUUACUAAAGUGGAAUCAGAAUUUUGUGAAUAAGCAGCUACUUACUCAUUGGUG